AUGUUUUGGGGGGCAAUUGUCUACGAAUACGAUCUGUACGGUACAGGGCCCUGUCACACCUGGUCCCCGGAGACCAUAGAGGAGACGCGAAAGUUGAAGGAAAAUAUCGACCAAGAGAACGUUGAAAAGGAGCGCUUAAUGGAGCAGGAC